UGAUUCAGUUGCAAGAGUAACUUUCGACUGAUGUUUUAAGUUAAUUGUCCAGUUAAAGUUUUGCUGUAAAAGCAUUUCCUUGAUAAUUCAAAGCAACUAAAUAUUAGUUUAGUUUCUAUCGUGAUCAGUUGAUUUUAAUUUCUCUUUUAUUUGUGUCAAUCAUUAUUCAUCUAAAAAUAAUAAGGAUUCGUUUAAAGUUAAUCUCAUCAAUUGUUUCGUGUCAAAUAUCAACAGGAUUCAUCUGUUAAUCAUGUUUGCCAGUCUCUUCCAAAUGGCCUCCGGUCAAAUGAGUUAUCAACAUUUCAACACAGUCUCUCCAUCGAUAUCUGAUUAUUUUGACGAUUUCAUGGAAACCAAGACUCAUGCCGAUAUCGCUAAAUUACCGUUGAUGGAAAACGGUUUUCUCGUCGUAAUGUCGAUCAUGGCCACUUAUUUGUACUUUGUUAAAGUUUGGGGACCACGAAUGAUGGCCAAUCGUAAACCAUAUGACCUGAAACCUUUGAUUCUAACUCAUAAUGUCUCAUUGGCGAUAUUUAAUCUCUUCUUUUUCGUCUUUACUCUACAACACUCGUCAUUUGGUGCCGAUUUUUGGAAAUGUUCACCACUCGAAAUUGCCUUAAGAAAUGAUAAAGAUUACAAGCUUUGGGUCAUUUGGUUCUACAUUAUGUCCAAAUUUGUUGACCUGUUUGAUACCGUUUUCUUUAUCUUGAGAAAAAAGUUUUCCCAUGUAUCGACUCUUCAUGUCGUCCAUCACACAAUCGUACCAAUUAACUUUUGGCUUGCCUUCAAAUACGCUCCGUCUCUUAAUCUGGUCUUUCUCCCAAGUAUCAAUUCCCUGGUUCACACAAUCAUGUAUACUUAUUACGCUUUAUCCUCGUUCGGUCCAUCGGUUCGUCCUUACCUUUGGUGGAAAAAGUAUCUAACAACUUUGCAAAUCAGUCAAUUUGUCGCUGUUUUACUUAAUUACACUUAUCUCGGUGCUUGGUCUGAUUGUAAGAUUCCUAAAUUCAUGUUCGUCUUGGGAUUCCCUCAAGUCUCAAUGAUCAUGGUUAUGUUCAUCUCCUUUUUCAUCAAGACUUAUACAACUGCUAAACCACCAGCAUCUUCACCCAUUGUAAAUAAGAAGACUGAAUAAUAUUUCAAUUGAAAUAUCCAUCGUUUGUAAUAUAUUAUUUUCUGAACAAUUGAUAACCAGAGGCUGGACCUUCAAAACCCUCUGAGCUCAUCCAUCACCAUUUUCGUCAUCAUCAUCAUCAUCAUCUCCAUUCAAACUUUAAUACACUUUACAUUAUAUUAAUUAUACACUAAUCGCUUUUGUCUUAAUACUUUGUUAAUAAAGUAAUGAUCUCUUUUUUUGCUCAAAAAACAACAAACUUUGACUUCCUUUUCCUUUUCCCUUAUUACUUGAUUAACUUUUACUUUCAUCACAAUCAUGACCAGAAACUAUUAA